AUGGAUUCAAAAAAAAGAAAUCGACAUCAGAAAAAAUGUGAUAGUAAUUAUGCAACAAUAAUUACAAAAUCAAAAUCUUCAAACAAAUCCAAAAGAUCAAAUAAUCAUAAUUCAGUUAAAACAACAUCACCUAAAAUCUCAAAAGUUCUUUUGGGAUUUCCGGAUGGAAAUAUAGUACUCGAAGAGGAUAUUGACCCAUAUUUAAGUAAAAUAGGUGGUAUUCCAAAUUGGUUAAUCAAGUCUUAUCCACCUCCAUAUGAUUUUAUAAUUUGUAAAAAUUGUGAAAAAGAAAUGUUUUUAUUAUUCCAAGGUUAUAUACCUUUGGAAGAAUCUCCUUAUGAAAGGAUGGUUUAUGUUUGGGCUUGUAAUCGACAAAAAUGUAUGAAGCGUCCUGGGAGUUUCAAGGCAAUUAGGGCACAUAGAUUGGAUGAAAAUUUUGUGAAAAGUCAAAAGAAAAAUAAAAAUAAUUGUCAUAAAGAUCAAAUAAAAUUUGAAUUGCAAAAACCUACCACAAUGUUUAAUUUGGGAGACGCACUCUUCUCAACGCAAGACAUAUCUUCUGUAGUGGAUGGGUUGGGUGGAAUACUGUUCAAUAAUGAUAAUGAUAACGAAAAUUAUAAUGAUAACGAAAAUGAUAACGAUAACGAAAAUGAUAACGAUAAUAAUACCGAUAAUGAUAACCAUAAUAAUACCGAUAAUGAUAACGGUGCCGAUAAGUUGAGUGUAAAUCUUACAUCUACCUCCGUGUUGCCAAACACACAAGUUACAUGUAACCUCGAUGUGAAUUGUUCUUCAAGUACUCCAACGUGGAGUCAAGUUGUUGCCAGAUCAACAAUCAUAGAUGAUGCUGAUUCCAAACUCUGUGAUGAUGUUACCACUAAACUUGUUAUGGGCGAUAUUUUAGAACCUUUUUCAAAAUUACCUUGGCCGGAAAAAAUUCCAUUCUUUCCUGCUCAAUAUCUAUAUAUUACCGAAGAAAUCUUGGAAGAAAAACCUGAUCCUAAUCUAAAGAAAUACGAAAGUUAUUUGAAUACUUCACUAAAUAACAAUGAAGAUGACUCAUUUGAUUGGAUGGAUGAAAAAUACGAAAAAUCUUGUUUACCAAGAGGUGUUGACAAAGCUUUCAGAAAAUUUUCGGAUCGUGUAUCUGAAUGGCCUGAUCAAUGCAUUAGGUACGAGUUGGAUGGACAACCACUCUUAUAUAAUCAAAGUGAUCCAACAGCUUCAUUAUUAUUAUCACCACCAUAUGGAUCAGUUAAAGGGCUUAAAACAAGUACACAAAGAUUACCUAACUGUCCAAAGUGUGGAUCUAAAAGAGUUUUUGAAUUCCAAUUAAUGCCAAAUAUGUUAUGUAUGCUUCCAACUGGUGAAUAUGCGAUUAAUAGCUCUGAAGAAAAGAGUGGGAUAAAAAAUAAUAAAUGUGGAAUUGCACAAUUUGAUGUUGGAAUGGAAUGGGGUACAGUAAUGAUUUUCACAUGUCAAAAAGAUUGUGAAAGUUAUAAUAUUGGUAAGGAUAAAGUGUCUUAUUACGAAGAAUUGGUUUUGGUACAAUACGAACUGUAG